UGUUUUCCUUUUAGAACCUUUUAAGACACAAAUUGAUUCAAGUUAACACAUUCGAACACAGUCUGACUCUCCUCCUGAGUAGAUUCGAAAAGUGUCGAUUGAGUUUGUAAAUGGAAAGCGAAGUGUGUCGCUUUGUGUUAAAAGUGUCAACUGUGUUCUCUAAAAGAACAGCCUACUACAGCCUACGUUUGUUUACACGGGCCCGAUUUACGCCGAAGUUAUAACAACGGUGUUAUGUUACUGGCUAAUUAUAAAAGUAUUCCUCUGAAGAAUGGAAAAAUAGACCUGUUCCAUAACAUUGAUGUUAUAACUUCGACAUAAAUCAAACCGUGUAAACCAGUGUAAACGUAGGCAAUCAAAACGGAAUGUACCUCAUAGGUCUCUUUUGCACUCCUCGGUGUAGCACCAGACGAAGUAAUAUACAUAUAUUAUACGUGGCAACUCGGCGUGGUCCAACACAACGUCUUUGUGUCUCAAGAACUUUUCUGUAUUCCAAAUAUCGACUUAUUUGUAUUCUCAAAUUGAUUUGUUUGUGUGAUAUUAGAAAGUUACAUACCUAGGAAACAUUUUGCUGGCCACUUGCUAUCUAUAUAACGACGAAUAGAAAGAUUUUGUGUCUAAAAACAAUAGUGUUUAAUUGAUAAAAUAACAUACUUAUUACCAGCAUUGCCUUAAAUAUUCUAUACAGUAAAAUGGACAGCUAAUUGGACUCUUUUACUAUUAUAAUGACAAAAACAACUACAAACUCUAGAUUGGAUAUCAGAUACAAAAGAAUAAAGAAAAUAAGAUAAGCAUAAAAAUUUAGAUAAAAAUUAAACUGUUCUUUAAAUUUGAGUUUUCUUGAUCAUACAAGUGAAGAUGGAACCUGUGGAAUUUAUCGCUGUAAAGGAAGAAGACAAUAUCGACGAUCUCAAGAUCGAAAGCAAUUACUUCCCAUUUGAUCUCUUUGAAGUAGAAGAGAGAAAACAAGAACUAACUGAUGCGUUGAAAUACUGCAUAGAUCUGUUGAAGGAUGCUCAAAUCAUUUUAGAUUUGCAAAAUAGCAAUAGGACCAUUUCCAAGCGUUCCCAGCUAAUGGGAAAAGAAAUCCAGCAUAGGAUCAUGGAUAUGUUAGAUUCUAUGAAGUUUAUGGAUGAAGAGGAUGAGAAAAUGGAAUGUCAAGAAGAUCCAAUGUCUUUUUCAUUGGAAAAUUCAUGUGACUUGAAUGGAAAAGGGUUAAUAAAUGACAAUAUCAAAUCUGUUGAGAAGGAUGCAUCACUUCUCAACCAAUCGAUUGAAUGUAUAGACGAAGAUAAAUCCAUUAUAUUAAACAAUUACGAAAAUUCAGUAAACUCUGGAAGUAUAAAGACUGUAACAUCAAAUGAGAUGCCAAGACAGCAACGGGCAUUAAAAGAAAAGCAGAGAAAGACGUGGGACACUGAAGUCGUGCAGCUGGCAAUCAAUAGCGUGAAAAGUAACAAAUUAAGCGUCAGAAAAGCUUCAAUUUUGUUUCAUGUUCCUGGAAAUACCCUUCAGAGAUUGGUUGACACAGACUUGCCAUUAAAAGAGUGUGUAAAUGUGAGAGGACGAAAGCCAUUAAUGCCUCCAGAAAUAGAAGCACAAUUGGUAGAUUAUCUUUUAAUACUGGAAAACCGUUUUUUUGGUAUAACAAUAAAUGAUGUGAGAAUGAUGACUUACCAACUAGCCAUAAGAAAUAAUUUAAAAUAUCCUUUUGGACGUAAAGAAAAAGUUGGUAGAGCUUGGUUUAAUCGUUUUAUUGGGAGACAUUCAAACUUAAUUAUUCAUAAAUCCAGUGAUGAUACAUCAAACUUCAAAACAGGUUUUAACAAAGAAACUGUGUCUGCAUUUUUUAAAAUAUUGGGAAAUGUGUAUGAAGAACAAAAUUAUAAUGCUGAUCGUAUAUUUAAUGUGGAUGCUAUUGGCUUCAAUAUUAUACAGUGUAAAAUUCCACAAAUAGUAUGUUUAAAAGGAAAAAGGCAGAUAGGCUUGCUUACUGCUGAUGAUAGAGAAUCUCUUAUAACAGUUAUUUGUUCCAUGAGUGCAGGAGGAACAUUUAUUCCACCGAUGAUAAUAUUUCCCCGUAAAAAUAUGAUAGAUAUUGUAAUGAAAGGUGCACCCGCUGGAUCCAUUGGUAGAUGCCAUCCAUCUGGAUGGGUUCAAACUCAUUUGUUUACAGAGUGGUUCGAACAUUUUAUCAAAAACACAAAUCCUACCAAAGAAUCUCCUAUUCUUUUAAUUUUGGAUGGCCACUAUGCUCAUACAAGGAACUUAGAUGUAAUUGAUAUUGCACGCAAAAAUUAUGUUACUAUUUUGAGUAUACCACCUCAUAGCACACACAAAAUGCAGCCUUUGGAUCGCACAUUCAUGACGCCAUUCAAACAAUAUUAUAGUGAAUAUAUUCAUAUUUGGCAAUGUGAGAAUGAACGACCAGUGAAACAGUACGACAUAGCUGAAAUUUUGGGAAAAGCUUAUCUUCAAUGUCAAACGGAUCUAAUUGCUGCUAACGGUUUUAAGCUAACUGGAAUUUAUCCAUUUAAACCGUACAUUUUUUCGGAUAGCGAUUUUAUUGCAUCCACUUCAGCAGAAAAGAAUCCUACAGACUUUAUGUCAUUUACAAGAGAGACAACUACUUCUAUUACAAAACAAUAUCAUCAAAUAGAAGAUUUUCAUCAAAUAGAAAAAGAUUUAGCGCAACCUAAUUACUCUAAAGAUGGUAAGGUGGAACAAAUGACUCCUGUAUCGCCCGAAGAAACAUGGCCAGAUUUACAAAUUAAAUCAAGAAAGCUUACCCGAGACCAUGAACCUUUACAAGCAACAAUCUUUACAAAUUCUGUAUGCCAGAAAAUAUUAAAGGAUACAGAGACGAAAAAGUUCAUGAAGAAUUCUAUAUUUAAAAAAAAUGUGAAAAAACAUAGAAAAAAGGGAAAACCAAAGAAUAUCAGUAAAGAGUGUAACUCUGUAACUUCUAUAAACUCGGAAUUAAAACUUCGAUCUAGUGAAGCUGUCCUAGCUAAAGAAGAUGCCAUCUGCAUAUUUUGUAAUGAAUUAUUUUCAGAAGAUAAGGACGAGAUGUUUCAAUGUUUAAUAUGUGACAUGUGGGCGCACGUUGCUUGUUCAGGACCGAAAAAAGAUAAAUAUAUUUGUGAUUUUUGCAAAUAAUUUUUUUAAUCGUAUUUUAAAAGAUAACGUAUUAAACAAUCAAUAAUUUUUAAAUUUAAAAGUAUCUUAAAACUUUGUAGUUACAUUAUGACUCUUUCUAACAAUUUAUUUCAAUAAAAUAUAUAAUUUUGUGACAAAGGAUUAUGUGUUUUUUUAAACAAAACAUUUUUUAAAUUUAUUUUUGUGAUGGCCAAUAUUAAUUAUCCCUGUUUAUCUUUCACUCUAUAUAAAGUGUCGUUAAUUUUUAUAAAUCAUUUUCUAAGUAAUAAAUAUUUCAUAACUUUGAGUCUAGUAUCUAUUGAAGAAACAGCUUGAUAAAUAUAAUUAAGUAAAUUUCAAUGUAAAAUAUUGAUUAUUAACGAAGUUAUUGAAUAAAAUGUAAAUAGAUACUGAUAACCAGCUUCUCUUCUAAUCACGGACUUAGGAAUAGAGCGACGAAAUCUAAAAUCUUAGACAAGAGAGGAUUAAAGUUCAGAUAUGCAGAGAGAAUCAUAUUUCAUUCUUCGUCAUAUUUUCAAAUAUCUUGCACAUAUAUUACCGUCCAAAAAUUUGGAAAUAUUUUUUUAUGUGAAAUAAAUGAUAUUUUAUAAAUAUUAUGAAAGCAACCGCUUAUAAUGAAUUAUUAUUGACAUUGACGACUACUUUGAGUCAGAAAAUGAAACAACCUCUGUGGCCGUAUCUAAGAAAUUCUCACUAUUAUCUAUUUGCGGUUGAACAUUUACUUUGUUUAAUCAUGUAUUUGUUUGAUUAUUUUGGAUCACAGAAAUAUAAUAUUUAUUCUCCAUUCCAAUGUGUAAAUGAAAAUUAUGUUCAAAAAUUAAUCAAUAGAAUGCUUAAAUUUUAUUUAGAAGUAAAUAAAAGUGAUUAUUUUUAUAAAGCAAAAAUUUGAUUUCGAAUUUUAAUUAUCUGAAUUUUUUUGCUUUUUUUGUUUCAACAUAUACAUAUAUAUUUAUAUAUUAUUUAUCAGGUUCUUGAUAAUAAGUUUACUACAUGAAUUACUUAUGCUGUUUUUAUUUGAAAUUGCUUACUGUUUCCAAACUUUUCGACGGUGUUCUGUAUAAUGUGACAGAUAGAAGACAAAAUUGAAUUCUCAAUCUAUUAUAAUUCAUACACAUUUUAUGUGUGCAAUCUUUGAAAUCAACAUAUGGCGCCUCUCCACCUCCGCCACGAAUGUGACUCACUUUUUUAAAAAUUAUAUUCCUCUCUCUAUUCCUAAAUCGGUGAUGUAGACUUGUAUUACUUUUAGGAUCUCUAAGAAGGAACUGAAUUAUCCUUUCUAAUUCGAAAAACAAUAAUUUCAUUAAACAAGUCAGUUUUAAACACGAAUAUAAAUAAUUAUUUUACAAAAAAGGAUACGAAUACAAUCCAAAUCUCAACGAAAAGCCUCAAAUUUAUUUGUAUCUGACUGUUCAGCAAAUCCAGCUGAAGAAUACUAUACUCAUCAUUUUGAACAAA